AAUAAUAGCUGAGGAUAUUGUUGGACCUUAGUCUACACAAAAUUAACGUUGUCGUUACUUCGGUUAUGACUAUGUUCCUUUUAUUGAAUUUUGAUAACACCAAGGCUAAGAACUGUUUAUAUAUUUCCAUGGCAUUGCCAUGUAUUCGAUUUAACUCCGAGUAGGCGUAGGCAAUAUUUUAUUAAAAAGCUCAAUCAAACGCGUCUUUUGUAUAUUCGGUAAUUUUGUAUUUUAAAUAAAUUCCAAAUAAGAAUGAAUUGUAAGAACAAUCAAAUGUCAAAAGUGAAAGUGCGUGUAAGAAAUGUCUGGUUUGAACCCGACUUGAGUACUGAGGGUAUUUAUCUUUGCCCAAUGCCCCAACCACCCCAAGUUCCUGCAGGUGGUUUGUGGUUUGCAGACUUAAAACCAUAUGAACGGCUGUUCUAUCACCAGACUUUAAACUCUGUACGGAAAAGUAAACGCUUUCUUGCAACGCCUGAAAUACCGUGCGAUUCUUUGGACUUUCAGUUGCAAUCGCGGUAUGAUCAUUCUCGCGAAAUAUUUCCAGAACGUGUUGACACAUUAUUGCAAAAAGAGACUUGUCCUUGUCAGCCAACUGAUGAUGAAACCGGUGAUAUAAUGGAAUUGACUACUUUCCGCGUACUGAAAAAUGUCAAAACGGUCCAGGUUUCGGCCGGCGAUAAGCACAAACACCCACUGAAAAUCGGUGGUAUAAAGGAGAAAAUUUCACCCCAUAGUGUUAAACUGAUUAACAGUGGUGUACACAAUCAGUUAGUUAAUAAUGGCUUUUCACGGCAAACGGGCGAUGGAAACUUCUUCCGUUAUUAGUUGUAUUUACUAAUCUUGUGAAUGCAGUGGAAGGAUUGGAUUAUACCCUACCGACUAUUUCACAAGUAGAUAUUCAAAAUUUGUAAAAAAAAAAAAACUUUUAUUAAAACUUGAUUAAUAAGAAAUAUAUCAUUAUGAAAACUAAGAAUCACGUUUCUAA